AUGUUUCAUAUCUUUCUACUUGUAUUUCUUGUUUAUUCUUGCAAUGGGUCUCUCAAACUAUUACCAUAUGGGGAUCCCAAGAUCCUAGGAGGUGAUGACGCGCCAGAUGGCGCCAUCAAAUACCAGGUCUCCUUACAAAAUUUGGGAUCACACUUUUGCGGUGGCUCGGUUAUAGAUAAAAAUUGGGUCUUGACUGCUGCGCAUUGCACUUACGAGAGGGCAUCCGAUUCCUUCAAAGUUGUCGUCGGGAUAAACUUACUGAGUUCUCAAGGCCAACAAUAUGUACCAGACAAAGUGAUAAUGCAUCAAAAUUUUAGCAGAGAGCUGGUUGUAAAUGAUAUAAGCCUUAUCAAAAUAGCUCAAGGCAUAGAUUUCAAUGACAGAGUACAGCCUAUAGCGUUAGCUAAAGCAGAAACCAGACCUGGAGACAUUUUAGUCGUUAGUGGCUGGGGACGGACGCAAAACGGUGGCCCCAUCCCGGACAAACUACAAGUUGUCAACGUAACUGCGAUAUCGGAAUUUGAAUGUAAAGUCAAGUACAUAUUGUUCAAACCACCUAUAUUACAAUCUAAUCUCUGUACGAAAGCGCCUUACAAAAAAGGGAGUUGUCAAGGUGAUUCCGGUGGACCGUUAGUCAAUAAUUCAACCCUGGCUGCUUUGGUCUCUUGGGGUAUCUCCAAUUGCGGUGUUAGCAGAAUAAGCCCAGAUGUCAACACAAACGUUUUCUUCUACCUCGAUUGGAUUAAUAAAACUGUGCAAGAGAAUUAA